GUCACCGCGUUGGAAAAAGCGCCCUAAAAAAUUCGGAGAUUUCUUGGGCAAGAUUUAAACAAGACUGUAGCUAGAUUGGGCUGGCUGCCGGGCCCUUUUCUAGCAGAUAUUAUCUUGGAGGAGCUAAUAGGCACUUAUUGUCGCAGUAGACCGUCUUUCUACAGCACGUCACAGGUUCACGCUAUUGCGUUGUUACUCACCACCCUUGCUAAAGCGAUAUGUCGUGCCCCGGCCGCUCCCUAUCGUCUUAUCAAAAUGGCUCGUUGACAUCGGCUGAUCUAGAUAGCACAAAAACUAUUUAAUACUGCGUGAGGCGACUACUUUGACCAAGGGGACAGUUUUCAUCUCGCGGAACUCACAAUGGACUCCUUCUCGAUCCGGUCGCUUAUUUCCGGCGCAAUUUUGAUCGCUGGGCUUUAUUUCGCUCUACGAGCCGAACGUCCUCAGCACAAUGUCGAACUUUUGACACCGAAGAUAUUCAUUGUUAGCUUGUUCUCCCUAGAGGCUGAUGUAUGGCAUGAACACCUACCUGGCAGCAGCCUGGGGGACAUACUGGCGCAGAACAUCUCUGUCCCAGGUCUAAGUCCUCAAUAUCCAUAUAUCCAUUGUACUUCCGAUGGCAACAUCUGCCAAGUCACGACGGGCAUGUCUGAGAUAAAUGCCGCAACUACCAUCGCCGCAGUCAUUCUGUCAAGACAAUUCGAUUUAAAGAACACAUAUUUUCUACUGGCAGGCAUUGCUGGAGUUAAUCCAAAGCACGGAUCCCUCGGGAGUGUCGCCCUCGCUCGAUUCGCCAUCCAACCCGCUCUACAAUAUGAGAUCGAUCCGAGGGAGAUGCCGUCAGACUGGAAGACAGGCUACUUCUCUUUCGGAACCCAUAGUCCAACCGAGUACCCAACCGAGUUUUAUGGUACUGAAGUUUUUGAGUUGAACGAGGCUCUCAGAGACGCCGCAUUCGACUUCGCCUCCAAGGCAACGUUGAACGACACUGCCGGCGCUCAAGAGUAUCGAUCCAAAUACGAAGCCGGAUGUCCUGACUAUGACGCUGCAACGAAAUCGCCCUCACUGAUAAAAUGUGAUGCUUUGACGAGCGACGUAUUCUUCUCGGGGAAUCUCCUUGGUGAAGCGUUUGAGGAUGUGACGAGUCUUUGGACAAAUGGGAUGGGAACGUACUGCAUGUCAGCCAUGGAAGACAAUGCGAUCCUCGAAGUCCUAGUUCGGUUUCACGCCCACAAACUAGUCGACUUCAAUAGAGCCAUCCUUCUACGAACAGGUUCCAAUUUCGACCGUCCGCCACCGGAAGUGGAUGCUUUCGCUCAUUUACGAGGCAACCAUCUAAAUGGGGUUGAUAUUGCCGUGGCCAAUAUUUACUUGGCUGGAAUAGAGAUCCUGAAAGGUAUUCUUGGUGGUUGGGAUGACACAUUUCUGAAUGGAAUCGAGCCUUCUAAUUACGUGGGUGAUAUUCUUGGCACCAUUGGAGGAGUGCCGGGAUUUAAACCUGUACAGGUGUCAGAGCCUUAACUUAACUAGAUGCGGAGAUGGCGUUUGGGUCAAUAAAGUACAGCGCAUCUCAAGACAGCAACGAUGAUCCCCUCAUUGGGCCUGUGAAAGCCUGAACUAUGAGCCCACUCUUGUGUGUGAUUUUGGCAUUUUAGAUGAAAGGAUGA